AUGAGGGUUCCGGUGGCUCCGCCGUCUUCUGUUUCGGCUUGGACGCCUAAGAAGAAGCAGCCAAAGGACGACGACGACGAUGCGACUGUUCCCGCGCGUAAGAAAAACUUUAAAGAGGCCAUAAAAGCAGAAGAGCCAGCAACCGUUCCUGCCUGGAAGCAGAGAGGAGGCAGUGCUCAGGGGUCUACUCCCGCAAAGCCCACUCUCUCAACUGCACCAUCAUGGAAGCAAAAGAACACCAGGUCCAAUAUUUCACCUCCAAAACCACGAGAUUCCGGAAGUGAAGCUGAUGGUGCAGCGACUAGGAACGGCGGAGGAGACAAGACGGUGCCGGCAUGGAAGCAAAAGUUAAAGGGGUCAACUCGUCCUGCUGUUGCUCCUGGUAAACCAGCUCUCUCAACGGCUCCGUCCUGGAAACAGAAACAUAAUGGUACCAAGGUAUCCCCAACAGAAGCAGAGCAGAGUGGUGGGAAUGAUGCUGGCAGCAGUAGACCUGCCUCGAAAUCAAACGUCUCCAGCAAGGACAUGGCAGUAAGCAACGAAGAAAAGGCUGUUCCCGCAUGGAAGCCAAAACUGAAAGGAUCGUCUGUGGCGGCUGCUCCUGCUAAACCCACUCUCACAACUGCGCCAUCUUGGAAGCAGAGGAACAAUCGGUCAAUCUCACCUCCGAAACCACGUGAUACUGGUGCCAAAGUGACCAGUGAUGGCCCCUCAAAUCCCAGUAAUGAAAGCAAGGCUGUUCCUGCUUGGAAACAAAAGCUCAAAGGGGGAGAAAAUACUGAGGCUCCUUCCACUAUGGCACCCUCUCUCUUAACUGCUCCAUCUUGGAAGCAAAAGAACAGGCCAACCUCACCCAUCAAACCACGAGAAGAUGAGAAUAAUGAUGGUUCCACGGUAGCUGGAAACCAUACUGAGAAGGCUGUUCCUGCUUGGAAACAAAAGGUGAAAGGAACAACUACUGAAGCUCCUGCCAAACCCAGCCUCACAACUGCUCCAUCAUGGAAGCAAAAGAACAGCAGGACAACCUCACCCGUCAAACCACGAGUUGACGGGAAUGAUGCUGGUACCAAAGAAGCUGGAAAGCAUGCUGAGAAGGCUGUUCCUUCUUGGAAGCAAAAGUUGAAAGGAGCAACUACUGGGGCUCCUGUCAAGCACAGUCUCACAACUGCUCCAUCAUGGAAACAAAAGGACAGCAGGCCAACCUCACCUGCACGAUCACAAGGCAAUGGGAAUGAUGCUGGUGCCAAACCAUCUGGGAACGAGAAACCUGUUCCAGCUUGGAAGCAAAAGGUGAAAGGAGCAACCACUGAGACCCCAGCCAAGCCAAGCCUCACACCUGCACCAUCAUUGAAAAAGAAGGUCAAUGGUUCAGCCGUGCCACUGCAAUCACAGGCUGGUGCUAAAGAUGCUGGUACCGCUGUGGCCAGCAAUAGCACCUCUUCUAGCCAUUCAGCAAAGUCUCUCCCUGCUUGGAGGGAAACCUCUUCUAGCCAUUCAGUAAAGUCUCUCCCUGCUUGGAGGGAAAAGCUGAAAGGAAGAGGAGCAAAUGCUGCUCCUGUUAUGCCCAGUAAUCCUCCUCGUGAUAAACCUGCUGCAUCCCCUGUGCCAUCAUGGAAACAGAAGUCAGCAUCAUCACCCGCAGAGGCCAAUACUACUGGUGCUAGAGGCUGGAAAUCUUCUGCAGCUGGCCCCAACAGUUCUAGCAGUAGUCACAGCAAAGAAAAGGCAGUUGACAUGUUGCUCAAGAACACAACCACAUCUCUUACACAGAAAACCGUGGAUGACCCCAAUUCUACGCGCAUCAUGGUGUUGGUCUCAACGAUGUCUGGGAGUCGGAGACAAUUGAGCCGCCAAGAACGAUCUAUUGCGAUGUUGGAAGCUCUAGGUAUUCCGUUUGAAACCAUGAAUUGUGCCAUGCAAGAAUUCACGAAUCAGCGAGACAACUAUUUUGAGAUAUCUGGUGUCCAAGGUGAUUACCCCCAGUUCUUCCUCAUCACAGGGGGCACCAAGGAAGCCGCCUAUCUUGGACAGUUUGACGACAUGCAAGCCUGCAAUGAAAAAUCCAAUCUUCCAAAAGAGUCUAUCAAGGACAGUGAUGCCACAUGGGAUUCCAUCAUGGGAACUACGAACAAGUACAAUCACAAAGGAUACAAUGCAGAAGAAGCGGUGGACGAGAACGAUGAUGAUAGUAUUGGAAGUGGUGCUGGAGGAAUCUAUGCAAAUUUGUAG